CGGUUUUGCCUAUUUCUAAGCCAGGCGUCUAUUCAAAGGCGGUGACAGCAUGCUGAAGGGCAGGAGGAAGCGCCGUGCUGGCGAACGUGAUGGUGGUGGCGGUGGUGGUGGUGGAGGGAGGGGACAGCAGCAGCUUGGCGCUGGCGCGCGGCUGAUGCUGGCACGCGCAGAGGAAGAAGAGCGUGAGCGAAGACGGGGCAGGAGAAGAGGCCGGAUGGUCGACGACGAAGAGGAGGAUGAUGAGGAGGACGAGGAGGAGGCGGAAGCGGCCAUGCAAGCUGGGAUGGUUGGACGUGGUCGUGGCCGUGGCCGAGAUGCGAGGGGCCGAGGAAAGGCCUGGCGACACUGGGACAGUAGGCUGCAGCAAGGAGGGUGGCAGGCGCUGGACGAGGCCCGAGAACAAGAGGAGGCGUUAAAGAAGAAGCAAAUGGAUGAAGCAGCCGAUGCAGAAGAGGCAGCGGAUGAGGACGACGAGGACGACGAGGAAGAAGAGGAGCCAUUCAUGCUGGUGGUUGGUUAUGGCUGUCACAUCUUCAGGGACACCGACUUGUACCAAGCAACAGAGUCAGGCAAGCUCUUGCAACCCUGGCACAACGACCCAUCCUUGCUGGUGGACAGGUUUGAUGGACGGUUGCUGCUGGACGACCAGCGACUCUUCAAGAAGAAGAAAAGGUUCAGCUACUCGUGGUCAGUUGCAAUGCGAGAAGAGGAGAAGAUGUGCGACGCCGAGCGUUAUCGUGACCUGAGGCAGGGACAGCCCGUGCUGUACGAAGAGAAAGUGCGUGCUGCGCGUGAGAGCCGUGUGGCGGCGGACCCGUUCGCCAGCGAGCUCGCGUUUGCGUAUUCCCGCGGCGACCAGCGGCGCCAUCGCAGGCGACAGCACAACAUGCAGCGACGAGAGGGGGCAGCCAUCCCCUUUGCAUACGAUGAUGACGAUGAUGCUACUGGUGGUGAUGGUGGUGCUGACGGGAAGCAGGGCAGGGCAGGCAGUGGAUCAGGGGCGAGCACACAAGGCAGCGGCGGCGAUUGGGAGGCGGAACCGGAGCCGUUGCCGUUGCAUGCAAGCAUGGAGUUGACGAGCGAGCUUCCACUGCCCCACACGUGCAAGCAGCUGCACAUUAUCGAGAAGACGGCCAAGUUUGUGUCGCGUGGCGGCGUGCAGAUGGAGCUGCUCAUACGCACACGCGAGCAGAACAACGCGUGGAUGCGAUUCCUGGACGCAGACGACCGCCUGCACCCGCUGUAUCGGCACUUUGUUGCGCUGUGCAAGCGCAAGGAGUACACCCCGAGCUGUGACAGGUCGACGGGGGACGCCGAAGCGAAGAGUGAGGAGGGAGGGCAUACAGGCGCCCAGAGAGGUGGGGACAAGGGCGCUGUCGAUGGUGGCAGUGGCCCCGACACCGAGGACAGUGGUGGUGGUGAUGAUGAUGAUGAUGAUGAUGAUGGUGGUGAUGAUGACGAUAAUGACAUCGGAAUGGGUGGCAACAGAGACAAGCAGCAGCAGCAGCUGGGGCAGCGCGGGACAGCUGCAGUGUUGGCCAAAACUUCACCGCCAACAACAACACCAACAACAACAUCAAAAACACCAACGCCAUCAUCGCCAUCAUCAACAGCAGCACCAGCCACACCAGAAGCAGCUGUGGCGGCCAUGCUGCUUCGUGUACUUCCACGAUUGGUGACAGUUGGGCUGCGACGCGGUGGUGGCGGUGGGCUGGAGCCGGGCCAAACUGACGACAGCGACACGAACGACAAGCACCGUCGUGGCAGUGAUCAUGGCAAUGGCACUGAUGGUAUUGGCGCUGAUGGCGCUGAUGGCGCUGGUGAGGGUGACGGUGCAGACACUGCGGAGGAGUUGAGUGUGACACGUGUACAGUCGUCAACCAAGGCUGGGGGCGCAGCCAAGCGACGCAGCCCUGAUCAGCAGCAGAAGCAGAGUAGUGGUGGUGGUGGUCGUGGUCUUGGUCUUGUGUCAUAUGACGACAGCAGCAGCAGUAGUGAUGACGACGAUGACGACGACGUGGGAUUGCUGGGCGCUGGCACCAAACGCGCCAAGACAACACAGCGAGGUGCUGCGCCGUUGCCAUCGUCAUUAACAGCCACAGCAACGACACCAACACCAACGACUGCGGGACCUGGCAUGGCGUCCACACGUGUUGGUCCGCUGGCAUACGGGGUACCAUCUGGGGUGCGGCCCCCUGCCCCUGCACCGCCACCGUCCAUGUACACGGCUGCCCAUCAACACGUGCACGCCGCUCCUGCCUACCCGACCCACCUACAGCAGCAGCCACAGCAGCCACAGCAUCUUGCGUAUGCAGCAGCACCGCUACCGCCACCGCAACUGCAGCAGGGCUGGCCCGCUGGUGUGCCCGCACAUGCACAUGCGCAUACACAUGCACAGCAUCCCAUGUACACACAGGGCCAGAGCUAUCCUGGAGCACCUAUGACCACAGUCCCAAUAGCCACACCCACACCCACGAACACUGCCGCUGCACAAGGCGUCGGCAAUGGCGGGGGUGAUGGUGACGAUGAUGAUGAUGAAGAAGGCAUGGUCGUGCCCCCACCAGACACCAAGGCGAUUGUGGACAAGCUUGCAUUCUACGUGGCAAAGAACGGCGAGGCAUUUGAGCGAACGAUUGUGGAAAAGCACCGCGGUGACGCGCGGUUUGGGUUUCUGCAGCCGCACCACCUGUACCACGCCUACUACCGCGCUGUUGUGCAGGACCACACGGCCGCGCUUGCGCAGCAGCAGACGACCACCAACGCUAGUGGUGGUGGUGAUGGCGGCGGUGGCAAGCAAGACACCGCAUCAGUUGUGGGUGCAACCGAGAGCACAAAAGGGGCAGGAGGAGAUGUGCUGCUGGGGCGGACGAGCGAGCAGGCGUCGUCGUUUCAGCAGCAGGAGAAGCGGCUGGCGCGGGCAACGCUCGGCAGCGCACCCGCAAUGGCAAAACCAGCAGCAAAACCAACAGCAACAGCAACAGCAACAGCAAAAGGCGAAGAGAGCAGUCGUGGUGUUCGGGGUGAUGAGGAAAAGGGUGUGGGGGCGAGUGGGCAGCGAAGAAGACGCAGGAAGCGCCGGUUUGACGUUGGCGGUCGUAGUGAUGCAGUGGGCGGUGAACACACAACCACAGCAACCACAACAGCAACAACACAACAACAGCAGCAGCAGCAGCAGCAGCAGCAGCAGCAGCAGCAGCAGAGCGAAGCGGCAGAGGUUGGUAUGACAGCAGAGGAGUGGAAGAAGCUGGAGCGGCGACGAAAGGCGAAGGAGUUUGCUGUGAACGCCCGUCUGUCCACGUUUCCCUCCUCCAACAAGAGAGGAUGAUGAUGCUGAUGCACGAAGUGACAUGACUGUCGCUGUUGAUGGUUGUUUGUUGUGGUUGCGGUGGCGUGGUGGCAACGAUGUGCAUGUGUGUAUGUGUGUGUGUGUGUGUGCUAGCGCUGUUGUUGGAUCGUAUUGGUGACAAUGUGACAUGACUGCUACUACUUGAAACACCAAAACGCAACGAACCCCAACCAAGC